GCCGGCAGAGCUCGCCGCGUGCGCACGUCUGUGCCUCUACAAAUUGUGCGAGUUUUGUUCCGAUUCAUGAGUGUGUUACUCUAGAUAAAGGUCAGUUCUGCAUAGCGAGCUGAAGCCUUAACUAGAAACAACGCUUACUUAGUUAUAUAAAGUCUGUAAGACUACCCCACUUGUGAUACAAAACCUGCAUUUAAAUUAUUUAUUGUAUUAUAUGUGAUAAAGAAUGAGAGACAUCAUGAAGCCGUGUCAACACGCCUUGUCGGAUGUUGUAUACAAGGACGUCGUUGUGAUAGGGAAUGGCCCCAGCGGGAUGGUGACGUCAUUCAUGUUAGCGGGAAACGUGCCAUACCUCAAACACAUACCAGAUGAUUUACCCAUUGACGAAAUGCUGAAAGCCAGAUUAUCAAAUUUACCGCCAGGACAGAAUCUACUUGAAACAGACUUGAUAGAGUUAGCUGAAGGACUGGAAGGCAGAAGUCAAAACCCGAUACCCCUACUGUUUGACAACUUGCUCCGGCCGGGUGCGGACGUGGGUCUGCAGCAGGAGUCGCUCAUAGAGUGGAGGUACGACGUUGACAAACAGAUCGACCACGUGGUGCUGGGCAAGGGUCCGCCGGGCGGGGCGUGGCAGACAUUCCCGGGCGCGGUGCGCACGCUGUCCCCCGCGGCGUGGCUGUCCCUGCCCCCGCACGCCGGCCUGUCUCCCGCCGGCGACGAGCGCCGCACGCUGGGCGAGGACGGCCGCGUCUCCGCCCGCGCCGUCGCCAACUACUGCCGCCGGUACGUCAACGUGUGUAACCUGCAGCGCUACUUCAGGUCGUGCGUGAUAGUGAGCAGCGUGACGCGGGCGCCGCGCGCCGCCGGCCCGCCCUGCACACCCGCCUGCCCGCGCCGAGCGGUCUUCGCCAUCACCGGGUAUGAUAAAUGUGAGGGGCGGUCGUUCCGCUACCUGUGCCGGCGCGUGGUGCUAGCGGGGGGCGCGGGGGACCGGCCGCGCGCGCUGCCCCCCCACCUCGCCGCGCACGCCGCCCCCGACCUGGCCGCCGCGGAGCGCGCGCUGACGGCACUCAGCCGGCAUACACGCAUGCUGCCAUCAGACGGUGACGAGGGAGCGCGGACGGUCGUGGUGGUGGGUUCGGGCGUGAGCGCGGCGGACGCGGUGCGACUGUCGCGCGCGGCGGGCCUGCUCGUGCGGCACGUGCAUCGCGCGCCCGCCGACGCGCUCGCCAGACUCACGCCGGAGACUUAUCCUGAUUACUGCCAGGUGUACAAAAUGAUGUGCGACGGUCCGUCGGGCAACCACCCCGACUACAUCCCGCACCCCGACAACGUGAUCGUGGACAUCCAGCCGCUGGCCGCCCGCGACCCCGCCGCCCCGCACGACCUCCGCCUCAAGAGGAUCAGGCUCCUGGACCUCGCCACACAACAGACCACGGAGUUCACCGCCUCGCUCGUCAUCGUCCUCAUCGGCUCUAAACCCGACCUCUUCUACCUCCAGACCGACUUCAUCGAGCACCACUGCACGUGCAUCGACAACGCCCGAACGGACAGGAAAUGCUUUCUAAGAAACCACUGGCACCUCCUCAAGAGCAUACUCGGCCAGAGCCUGCAGAGCUGCAAGAGUAGACUGAUCAGCGAGCUGAACGACAAGCAGACAUGCCAGUGCAGACAGACUAAUCCUUACACCAGCGGUUUAGGGUACGGAGUGGACCCCACUAAGCCUGUAGACGGGAAGUCGAACCCGAUAGCCAUAGACAAGAGCACGCACGAGGUGCUCCACGCCCCCCGGGGGAUGUACGCGCUGGGCCCCCUCACGGGGGACAACUUCGUCCGCUUCAUCCCCGGCGGGGCCGUCGCCCUCGUCGCGCACCUACACAGAGACUUGAAAACCAUAACCGAGUGACCUUAUUUGUGAUUAUAUUUUUUUUACAAUAAAUUAUUUUUAUAUAA